UGACACUUCGUCUUGAAGCCAUACAUUGUGAUUUUUUAUACCAUGAUAAUUACGUGUUUAAUCUUCGUCAUUAGUGUAAGUGACUGCAUAUGAAAGUGUAAUAAGUGAUAUAAUAAAUUUUAUUAACGAUUCGGCGAGUGCACUGUACAUAGUCGAGCUCGCGGUGCCUCCCGUCGCGGACCCGCGGGACAACGUUACGUUGUCAUGUCGUUUCGACAUGGGCAACGACCGACUCUACUCAGUCAAAUGGUAUAAAGAUGAGGAGGAAUUCUUCAGGUACGCUCCUGCACAGAGUCCAUCCACGUUGACAUUUCCAGUGACUGGUGUCCGAGUUCGGCGACCGCUGGAUCUGUGUGACGACUCCCAAUGCUCCGUUACGUUGCAGCGGUUGGACGCCACCACCAAAGGCUCCUAUCGGUGCGAAGUCUCCACAGAAGCCCCUACCUUCCACAUAGCCCACAAAGCUGCGAACAUGUCUAUAGCUAUUUUGCCUCGUCGAGAUCCCAUAAUACAUGGCCUAGCCGAGCACUAUUCCGUGGGCGACAUGGUCAUAGCAAACUGCACGGCCGACAAGUCGGACCCACCUGCCAGAGUCACUUGGUUUAUCAACGAUGAGCAGGCGCAUCCUUCGCUGGUGUCAACUGCAAUAUCCCAGACGUAUGCGUUUGGCGGCGUGUCCUCGCGAUCGGUGUCCCUGCAUCUGCAGGCGGACCGUCGGCUGUUUCGCGGCCCUCACGCCGAACUCACCGUACGCUGCCUGGCGGUCGUUCCGUCGCAACCCGCGAGACAAGCCUCAGUCACGGUCUCACUGCGGCCGUCGCAUCAGCAGUUGCGGAACCAGAAAUUAGAAUGGCCUAAUAGCGCAGAUUCGCAGCACAAUAGCGCGCUUUUACGGAUACCUAUCGUAGUGGCGUCAAUUUUUUUUACGUCUUGCAUUAGGCAUUUAUUAUAAUUCUUAAAUAAUUGAUAAAUAUAUCGUUUAUAUAUACUGUUUUCAGUACGAUAUACUAACUUUUAUUCAA